AUGAAAGAUGAAGCUAAUUCUAUUACUAUCACAUCUUUAGAGUCCGAAAUUAGUAAAUUAAAAGAAGAAUCGGAGAAACAAAAGUUGAAUGAAGAAGCUAAUUCUAAUAUGAUUGUAUCUUUAUGUGAACACGCCCCUUCUAAACCACAACGUAUCUACGCUCUCAAAUCUGAUGAAGUAAAUGAAUUAGCUACAAAAGUUAAAAAAGCAAGUCAGCUAUGGCAACAAAAUUUACAGAUUUUGGCUAUAAAAUUAAAAUCUGCACAAAAAUUUGAAAACAGUAAAUUAAAAAAUGAACAAAAGGUGAGAGAAGCCAAAGAAAUUGAUUCAAAUAAAAAAAUCAUAUCAUUAGAAUUUGAAAAUAGUAGAUUGAAGAGCGAGUUAGAAAAUCAAGAGUUGAAAGAAGAAGCCAGAGAAAAUGAAAAUUAUAAAUUAAAGGAGGAAUUGGAAAAACAAAAGUCGAUACAAGAAGAUAAAGAAAUUGAUCUAAAUGAAAAGAUUGUAUCUUUGGAAUCUGAAAAUGGUAUAUUAGAGGAAAAGUUGGAAAAACAAAAGUUGAAUGAAGAAGAUAAAGAAACUGUUUCAAUUGAAAUUGCAUCUUUAGAAGCUGAAAAUAAUAAAUUAAAAGAAGAAUUGGAAAAACAAAAGAUGGACGAAGAAGCUAAUUCUAAUACUAUCACAUCUUUAGAAGCUGAAAUUAAUAAAUUAAGAGAAGAUUUGGAAAAACAAAAGAUGGAAGGUGAUAAAGAAGUUGAUUUAAAUGAAAAGAUCGCAUCUUUAGAAGCUGACAAUAAGUCCGAAAUUAGUAAAUUAAAAGAAGAAUCGGAGAAACAAAAGUUGAAUGAAGAAGCUAAUUCUAAUAUGAUUGUAUCUUUAAAAGCUGAAAAUAACAAACUAAAGGAAGAAUUUGAAAAACAAAUAGUAAAAGAAGAUAAAGAAGUUGAUUCAAAUAAAAUCAUAUCUUUAGAAGCCGAAAACAGUAAAUUAAAAGAAGAAUUGGAAAAACAAAGGAUGGGCGAAGAAGACAAAGAAACUGGUUUAAAAAAAAAAAUCACAUCUUUGGAAGCUGAAAUUCAUAAAUUAAAGGAAGAAUCGGAAAAACAAAAGGUGACGGAAUCAGAAAAACAAAGGGUGAUAGAAGAUAAAGAAUUCAAUCUAAAUGAAAAGAUUGUAUCUUUGGAGGAUGAAAAUCAUAAAUUAAAGGAAGAAUCGAAAAAACAAAGGGCGGCAAACGAAAAAGAGAUUGAUUUAAAUGAAACAAUCAAAUCUUUAAAGGAAGAAUUGAAAAUUCAAAAGGAGAUAUCUGAGAAAGAAAUUAAAAAUUUACAAAUUGAAACUAAGAAAAAUUUAGAUAUUAAAGAUAAAUCUAAUGAUACAAGCACCAAUAUAGAGUUAGAAUAUUCUGAUAGUAAAUGUUUAAGAUUAAGUAAUGCCAUAGAAAGUGUCAAAGAAAAAUUAGCCGAGGCAGAAGCUCAUAUAUCAAGUAGUGAAAAAGAAAAAACAGAUUUACGUGAUAAUAUCAAUAGAUUAAAUGAAAAAUUGAAAGAAGAACGUGAAGGUCAUGAAAAACUAGUCAUGAGUUGGGUUGAAGAGCAAAAAAAUAAUAAAAAUAACAAUUAUUAA